AAUGUCAGCAUUGGAGAGACAAGCACUAAAAUCCAAAUUAGGGGGAUUGCCACCCUUACCUCCACAUGGACUCGGUGGACCAGCAAAAAGACCUCUGAUCAGAAAAAGAGAUUACACUCCUAUCCAUUGGGACAAAUACUUUGAGCGAAUGCAUGAUGUCAAAUGUGGAGAUUCAGAUACCUUUCGUGUGUACGAGUGUGGCAGCACAGGACCCGUUCUCUUCUUCCUCCAUGGAGGGGGAUUUUCAGCUCUCAGCUGGUCUCUGGUUUCUUCCAUUUUGUCUGGAUUGGUCACUUGUCGAUGUGCAGCUGUAGACCUCAGAGGGCAUGGUGACUCAUCAACCUCAAACAACCAAGAUUUAUCAGCAGAGAGACUGUCGAGUGAUGUUGGAAAUAUCAUAAAAGAAAUGUAUGGAGAUGACCCCCCUCCCAUCAUUCUUGUGGGGCAUAGCAUGGGAGGUGCCAUAGCAGUACACGCAGCCAUUAGACAUUUAGUCCCUUCUCUAAUUGGAUUGAUCGUAAUAGAUGUUGUAGAGGGUACAGCAAUGGAUGCUCUUAGUAGUAUGCAGUCAUUUUUAAAAGGAAGACCAAGCAUCUUUAAAUCCCUGGAGCAAGGGAUCGAGUGGUGUGUAAGGAGUGGACAAGUCAGGAAUCUGGAAUCAGCGAGAGUCUCCAUGGUGGGACAACUCAAGAGAGUGGACACGGAGGAAACUGCCACAGCUGAGUUAGAACACCAGAUUGAAGCAAGCACCCAUUCAGGGGGAACAAGCACAAUUAUAGAGGAAGAGGAGGAAGAAAGCAGUACCAAAGACAGCGAGAGUAAACCUGUAGAGGAGAAAGUGACCAGUGCUUCUCCAUCAGACAAGGCAGAAUUCAAAGCCCCUGCUCCUGUCAGCUCGACAGAAGAUGGUCAUCAUUACACAUGGAGAAUAGAUUUAGGAAAAUCAGAACCUUUUUGGAGAGGAUGGUUUGAAGGGUUGUCAAAUAAAUUCCUGUCUUGUGAGGUUCCUAAGAUGUUGUUACUUGCAGGUGUAGAUAGAUUAGACAAAGAUUUAACAAUAGGACAGAUGCAAGGGAAAUUCCAGAUGCAGGUCCUUCCACAGUGUGGUCAUGCAGUGCAUGAGGACUCCCCAGAGCGGGUUGCUGAAGUUCUGGCAACAUAUUUAGUGAGAUUCAAAGUUGCUGAACCUACAGCAGAUUUCCACAGGAGUUUUCCAGGUUGUUGAAGGCAAUAGACUGAGAAACCAGAAACACCAUACAAAACAGGUUGUACUACUUAGAAUUGUGAUCUUCAACCAAGGUGUGACUAUUGGAUGCCAGUGUCGCAGUGAACUAAUGGUACUGUGGUGGAACUGUUGAACACAGAUCCAUGGACCCUAUGGUCAGUCCAUCGAGCAUGAGGACCGAGAUAAAUUGUGCUGCUUACUCAAUACUGGGAACAUUAAAAAUAAUUACCUGAAAAAACUUUUCUUGUUACAUACACACCAUAACAUGAACAAGUCAUGUCAGUAUUGUCAGUUAAUAUGCCUUUUGUUUGUUUUUAAAAUGAACUUAUGAAUAUGUCAAUGUUAUUUUUGUUUGUUGGUUACUUCUAUUUUAAACCGAUAUUUGCCUACAAGCAUGUAAUACAGGUAUAUGUACACAUAUGAACAAAUGGGAUGAAAAAAAUGUGCUAGCUGUUACAACCAAAUUUUAUUUGCAGCCACUUUAUUUUUCACCGUAACAAACCAUUGAUAAUCUCUAAACCAUUGACCUUGUAUGGAGUUCUUCCCCUUGCCAUACACAAUUUGUAUCAAGGGUUAACUUCCUACAGAUCGUAUAAUCUGUAUCUUUCCAACAUGGUUGGAACAACAGGUUGAAAAUAAGCUUGCAUACAAUACUAUGAAAUGAAAGAUCUUAUAGAAGAGAUCAAAUUUACAUGUAUUUUGGACAACAGUGUGAAUUCAGAAAUGCUGAAGUGAACAGAAGUUUUAGAAUGCAGAGAUA